CUCCUGCAUUUUGCCACACUCGAGUUGCAUUUCAUAUAUAGAUCCUCUUUCCUUGCUAUAUUCAUUCUCCUUCAUUCGAUCUUAAUUUCUCAAAAAGCCAUCAUGGGUGUUUUGACUUUUGAAAAGGAAAUCAAAACUGCAGUUCCACAAGCCACAAUGUUCAAGGUCUUUGUCCUUGAAUCCCACACCUUUAUCCCUAAGAUUGUGCCUAACGUUAGCAUAGAGAUCCUUGAAGGAAAUGGAGGGCCCGGAAGCAUCAAAAAAACUACAUUUACCGAUGGUGGUGAUGCCAAGUAUAUCAAAACCAAAGUUGAAGCAACAGACAAAGACAAUUUCACACAUAACUAUACUAUCAUUGGAGGCGAUCCAUGGAGUGAUAACAUAGAGAAGAUUUCUUAUGAGAUAAAAAUAGUGGCUUCUCCUGAUGGAGGAUCCAUUUGCAAGAGCAGCAGCAAGUACUAUCCAAAAGAGGGUUGUGAGCUCGAUGAAGACAAAAUCAAAGCUGGAGCAGAGAAAGCCUUUGGCAUGUUCAAGACUAUUGAAGCUCAUCUCUUGGCAAAUCCUGAUGCUUGCAACUAAAAAGUUAUUGUUUUCUCCCAAAACAGUAAAAACUUCUGUGUUUGAUUUUCAUGGAGUGCUAUGCUUUGUUUUUUUUUUUUUUCAUGAUUUUCUUUUUAUUUCACUUUUGAAUGGAACAGUUAAACCACUGUUGGCGUGAUUACUAAGAGUAUGUAAUAAAAGAGUUUUGAAUAAACGUCGUGUGGACGUUCUCUAUCAAUCCGACUAAAGAAUACGAGAUCCUGAUAUCAUAUGCUCUUCUGUAUGAUCAGUUACGGCUUCUUUAUGCCACUCUCUGUACUGUCAGCUUGUCUACUCUCAUGUAUUUAAAUUGCUUCUAUUAAUAAAAUAUACUUUUUUUU